AUGAGUCUGUUUGGAACAGCCUCAGGUUUUGGAACUGGUGGGACCAGCAUGUUUGGCAGCACGACCACUGAUAAUCACAAUCCUAUGAAGGAUAUUGAAGUAACAUCUUCUCCCGAUGACAGCAUUGGUUGUCUGUCUUUUAGCCCUCCGACCUUGCCAGGGAACUUUCUUAUUGCAGGAUCCUGGGCAAACGAUGUUCGCUGUUGGGAAGUUCAAGACAGUGGACAGACUAUUCCCAAAGCCCAGCAGAUGCACACCGGGCCGGUACUGGACGUUUGCUGGAGUGAUGAUGGGAGCAAAGUAUUCACAGCCUCGUGUGAUAAAACGGCCAAAAUGUGGGACCUCAACAGUAAUCAGGCCAUACAGAUUGCACAGCAUGAUGCUCCUGUGAAAACCAUACACUGGAUCAAAGCACCAAACUACAGCUGCGUGAUGACCGGGAGCUGGGACAAGACAUUAAAGUUUUGGGAUACACGCUCAUCAAACCCUAUGAUGGUUUUGCAACUCCCGGAAAGAUGUUACUGCGCUGACGUGGUCUAUCCUAUGGCCGUGGUGGCCACAGCAGAAAGAGGCCUGAUCGUCUACCAGCUGGAGAACCAGCCUUCUGAGUUCCGGAGGAUAGAGUCGCCACUAAAGCAUCAGCAUCGGUGUGUAGCCAUUUUUAAAGACAAGCAGAACAAGCCAACUGGUUUUGCCCUAGGGAGUAUUGAGGGGCGAGUUGCUAUUCACUACAUUAACCCCCCAAAUCCUGCCAAAGAUAACUUUACCUUCAAGUGUCAUCGGUCCAAUGGAACCAACACUUCCGCACCUCAGGACAUCUAUGCGGUCAACGGAAUCGCCUUCCAUCCUGUCCACGGCACUCUGGCAACAGUGGGCUCUGAUGGCAGGUUCAGUUUCUGGGACAAAGAUGCCAGAACAAAACUAAAGACUUCAGAGCAGUUGGACCAGCCAAUCUCAGCCUGCUGCUUCAACCACAAUGGAAAUAUCUUUGCCUACUCAUCUAGCUAUGACUGGUCCAAGGGGCAUGAGUUUUAUAAUCCCCAAAAGAAGAACUACAUUUUCCUGCGUAACGCAGCUGAAGAGCUGAAACCCCGGAAUAAGAAGUAGCGGCCGGAGCCUUCUGG